UCAGUCUGUCUCCGCUCCCAAAUUCCACAAACUGUCGCUGUCACAAAACCUUAAAGUCGUUUCGCAAACUGGCUCCGAGAGGGGGAAAUAAUUGUUCGUAUUUUCACGUAUUUUUUCAUGUCCAUGCAGCUCGUGCGCUCUCUGUAUGGUCGGAAAGGUCGUCUCUGCGCGCGGGGAGCAUUUUAAAGCAGGAUUAAAUCAGAUUCGGAAUUGUUAGUGGGAGAUAAAAUCAAUCAAACAAACUAGGAAAACCUGUGGAUGUUAUUCUGCGUUGGUGGAUUUGUAACUUUACUUUUUGAGCAGCAGGUUUUUUUUUUUUGAGCUUCUCCAUCAAGAAAAAAAGGCACGUGAAAGAAGGACCAAGGGCUGAAUAAGGGCUCGGGGUAGUGAGUGAGUUAGAGAGUGAGUGCGCGCUCCCGCUCUCUGCUCGUUCACGGGACGAGAUGCGACUGCAGGUGCUCGCGGUUCUCCUCCUUUCUCUACAAGGAGAUGCUACUCAAACUCAAGAAGUUUGCCCAGGGACCAAGAAUGGUUUGAGUUUUACUGAAAGCCCUGUGCAGCACUACAAUAACUUGAAGGAACGCUACAGUGGCUGUGAGAUCAUCAUUGGAAACCUGGAAAUCACCCUGAUGGAGCGUGACUACAACUUCUCCUUCCUUGGAACUGUUCGAGAAGUGACGGGCUACGUCCUUAUCGCUACAAACCAGUUUCACCGCCUUCCUUUGGAGCAGCUGCGAGUGAUCCGUGGCAGCACGCUGUAUGAAAAUAAAUGGGCCCUCUCUGUCUUCCUCAACUUUGAUGGCCAGUACGGCCUGGUGGACUUGGGCUUCACUCAUCUCACAGAGAUCCUGGUUGGAGGAGUGCAGAUUGUUAAUAAUAAAUACCUGAGCUAUGCUCCCUGGAUCAACUGGCAGGACAUAGUGAGAGACAGCAGUGCUCUCAUCGAAAUCAGUGACAAUGGUCAAAAAGCAUCAUGUCAUCCUGACUGUGGUGGUUACUGCUGGGGUCCAAGUAAGGACCAGUGCCAGAUCUUGACUAAGACCGUGUGUGCACCGCAGUGUCACGGCCGCUGUUUCGGUCCCAGUCCUCAGCACUGUUGCAACACUGAAUGCGCAGGAGGCUGUACAGGGCCUAAGGAAACUGACUGCUUUGCAUGCCAGCAUGUGAACCAUUUGGGAGCAUGUGUGCCUCACUGUCCCCAAUCACACAUCUACAACAAACAUACUUUCCAGCUGGAACCCAAUCCAGAUGCCAUGUACCAGUACGGUUCAAUCUGUUUACCCAAAUGCCCUGAUCACUUUGUAGUGGAUGGCAGUGCGUGUGUAAGUGCCUGUCCUCCUGAUAAAAUGGAAGUCGAGAAGAAUGGCACGAAGCACUGUGAGCCAUGCAAUGGACUCUGCCCAAAAGUGUGUGAGGGCACAGAUCCCAGUAAGAGCAACAGACAGACUGUAGACUCCAGUAACAUUGACAGUUUCAUCAACUGCACUAAGAUCCAGGGCAGCCUACAUUUUCUGGUCAUGGGUAUUACUGGGGAUGUCUAUAAUAAGAUACCUCCUCUAGACCCAGAGAAACUCAAAGUCUUCAGCACUGUACGAGAAAUAACAGGAAUUUUGAGCAUUCAGUCAUGGCCUGCAGAGCUGAAGGAUUUAUCAGUUUUCUCUAAUCUCACCACUAUACGUGGAAGGUCUCUUCACCUCACAAAAAGACCCUUCUCUCUAUUAGUGAUGAAGGUGGACUCUCUGACAUCUCUAGGUCUGCAUUCUCUGCAAGAGAUCAGCGAUGGCAGUGUGUACAUCAGCAAUAACACAAACUUAUGCUACCAGCACACCGUCAAGUGGCAGCAGAUCUUCAUUGGCAACCAAGUAAAGCGCCGACGCCAGUUAAACGACAUCAAGUUCAACAAGCAGCCGAGCCAGUGUGAGGCUGAGGGUCAAGUGUGUGAUCCGCUGUGUUCGAACUCAGGCUGUUGGGGCCCCGGACCCGAGCAGUGUCUUUCCUGCAGGAAUCACAGUCGUCAUCAUACCUGUGUGGCCCAUUGUAAUAUCUUCUCUGGAGAGUCACGGGAGUUUGCAGGUCCAUCAGGAGAAUGCCGUUCCUGUCAUCCUGAGUGUCUACCACAGGAGGGAAUAGAGACCUGCAGAGGAGAGGGAGCAGAUAAGUGUGUAGCAUGUGCUAACCUAAUGGACGGUCCUCACUGUGUGUCCUCCUGUCCUUACGGAGUAAUCGGAGAGAGGGGACAGGCCAUCUUUAAGUACCCAGAUAGUAUAGGACACUGCCAGCCCUGCCACCCGAACUGCACAAGCGGAUGCACCGGCCCAUCUUUGAGAGACUGUAUGGAUGCUCGUCUCUCAGCGGACAGUCCUCAUAUUGCAGCUAUAGUGAGCGGAGUGUUGGCUGGUCUCAUCGUGUGUUUGGCCGUCGUGGUGAUGGCGUUGCUGUACCGCCGUAGCCUGUCCAUCCGACGCAAGAGAAAGCUCAGGAGAUACCUGCAGAGUGGCGAGAGCAUUGAGCCACUGGAUCCAGGUGAGAAAGGGACAAAAGUUCACGCUCGCAUCCUGAAAAGUUCAGAACUUCGCAAGAGCAAACUUUUGGGAUCGGGUGUCUUUGGUACCGUCCACAAGGGUUUCUGGAUACCUGAAGGAGACUCUGUGAAGAUUCCUGUCGCUAUAAAGACCAUCCAGGACCGUAGCGGACACCACGCUUUCACUGAGAUUACAGAUCACAUGCUGUCUAUAGGCAGUCUGGAUCAUCCGUACAUCGUGCGUCUGCUCGGAAUCUGUCCCGGACAAAGCCUGCAGUUGGUCACCCAGCUCAGUGCUCAAGGCUCCCUGCUGCAACAUCUGCGGCAAAACGCAAACAACUUGGACCCCCAGCGUCUCCUCAACUGGUGUGUGCAGAUAGCCAAGGGAAUGUACUAUUUAGAGGAGCAUCGCAUGGUCCACAGGAACCUUGCUGCUCGUAACGUGCUGCUGAAAAGCGACUACAUCGUGCAGGUUUCCGAUUUUGGCAUUGCAGACCUGCUCUAUCCUGAUGACAAGAAAUAUGUCUACAAGACUCCAAUUAAAUGGAUGGCAUUAGAGAGUAUCCUGUUUGGAAGAUAUACUCACCAGAGUGAUGUUUGGAGUUAUGGUGUGACAGUGUGGGAGAUGAUGUCACAUGGGGCGGAGCCAUACACGUCCAUGCAUCCUAACGAUGUCCCGGGUCUGCUGGAGAAGGGCGAGCGUUUGGCCCAACCACAGAUCUGCACCAUCGAUGUCUAUAUGGUCAUGGUUAAGUGCUGGAUGAUAGACGAGAACAUCAGGCCGACCUUUAAAGAGCUGGCUACUGAGUUUACCCGAAUGGCAAGGGAUCCACCCCGCUACCUUGUUAUCAAGAAAGAUCAAAAUAGUGCUGCGGCGGACGAGAGUCAUCUACGAGAGCCUAAUCUUGUGGAGGUAGCGCUUGAAAGUGAAGACGACGAGGUGCUCGAUGAUGGCUUCGCCACUCCUCCUUUCCACAUGUCUCCAUCCAGGAGUCAUUCCCGCAUGCGCAUGGGCUCCUAUAGGAGCGCUUCAGGACAGUCUGUACCUGUGGGAUAUCUUCCCAUGGCCUCAAGUACUGGAGAUGACCUCAGACAGCCGUAUUCCCAGAGGAACCGUCUAGGCUCAACGAGAACCACAUCUGAAAGCUCAGAAGGCAGGGGCACUGUGGUGGACAUGGAAAUGUGCGAGCUCAUCUCUCAGACAGGAAGCCUACGCAGGGGACACAGCCGAGGAGACAGCGCGUAUCUGUCCAAUUGUGUGUCUGUCACAUCUGAUCCUUUUUCUAUAGGAAUAGAGGUGGAUGAGGAGGGCCCAGAUGGGUAUAUUCUACCAAGAAGUUCCUACAGUUCAGGAAGAGAUGUUCUGGUAUCUCGAUCCAGUAGCAGAGCCAGCCUUCGAAACAUCCGUGCAUUGAGAAACAGCAAGAGUCAACCGCACGCUAUCCCAGAUCCAUCGCAAGAGUAUGAGCUGAUGAGCAAACAACCCACUGUAGCAAACAACCUUCACUCACCGGAAGACGGAAACUGCAACGGCUCGGCCAAUCUUCCCGUCUCCCGGCAGUCUCCUAGUACCGAUCUUUCGCCACAUGAGGCUGUCCAAACACAAACGCCUGGCACUACUGAUGAAAGUGAGGACAAGCCCCUGGCAGUUGCACUAGACAAUACGGGAGCAUCUGAUGAAGAGCCUCCUGAAGACAAUGCUGACAAUGCAACAGCUCUGGCGGAGGAGCAGCCACAGCAGGCUGUGGUUGAGUACGAAUACAUGGACAUAAGAAAUGAAACAAUGUCAGAAAAUGCCCACGGCAGCUCACACGAACCCAAAGAGGAUGGCAUCUACCAGAACACUCACGAGCUGUCUGCUCCAAAGGGGAACAAUAGAAGGAGCCGAAAGACGGCAGAGGAAGCAGCCAUCACCGAGCAGCCAGAUGAAUACGAGGACAUGAACGUGUGUGGGAAGGUUUGUACAUCAGGCGUUCGGCUUGAGUACCAGAACUUUCCAGCCAAAGGGAGAAUGGUGUCAGGAGAAGAGCCACACAGAGCUAAAAUGAGAGCGUUCGGUGGCGCGUGUGCAGGUGUGGAUGAAAAGAACAGCAGCACGUCUUUUGACAACCCAGACUACUGGCACAGCAGACUUUUCCACAAACCAGAUGCUGUAUGCACAUAAUAAACCAUCACCUCAGUGAAGUCGAAUCCUGAACUGUGGCAGCUGGUAUGCUCACCAGACCUGAUCUCGAAAAAAUUUGUAGCACACAUUAAGAUUAAAAUUAGACAUGUGCACAGAAAUGUAUAUAUUGUUUCAUACAUUCUCUUGACUGUAGCAUUGAUUUGGAGAGUAAAACUAUAAAAAUGCGUCUCUUUGAAUUCAUUACGGUUGUGAUUAGCUGAAAUUCAAAUGAAAGAUGUUUAAAAUUCUUACCUGUGAAAACUUUCUCCUCACUUCCUGGCAGCUGUCAAUAAAAUAUCUACUCAGUGGAAAAAAAAAAACACAAGGUGAUCAAGACUGAAUUGCAUGUUGCCUCUUGCACUUGAUUUUUUUAGUGCCAAAACAGAUAGGAUAUACUAACUUCCUCCCAGGUGUAAUUCCUUGCUAAUAAUUACAUAUGAACAUGUGAACCUCUUUUCCAGUAAAGUUAUGCUCUUGAAAAAUGGCCUAUUGGUGAUACACAACAACUGACACUGGAUGUGUCGCUGUUUUUUCCAUUAGCAGACAGAGUCAAUUGUGUAGUCAUAAUGUAUUUUUUUGUUUUGUUUCUUUUGAAACCUGACUCAGGCAUUAAAGACAGCAAGGCUGCAAGGCUGGACCUUGAUCUAACCAUCUGGAUUUGACUAUGGUUAAAAAAAAGCACCCAGUAUAUAGAUAUAUCAUGCAAAAUGUUACUUGAUCUCUCUUCCUGUGUUUGUUUGUGCGUGUGUGUGUGUGUGUGUGUGUGUGUGUGUGUGUGUGUGUGCGCGCACACGCACUGCGAUAUUGUCAAAGGUCAGAUGUAUCGAGAAAGGCCGAAGUCAUUUUAUUGCAUUUUAUUGAAGGGUCUAAGGUUUUGUCUUUUAACGGAUUGGUACUGAUAUAUUUUGUAUAAUAUGACCAGAAGGUCAGUUUUGAUUUAUGUUUUUAUGGACCACACGGAUGAUUAUGUUCUGAAUUGAAGCAUGCAGGUUAUUACCUUAUUAUCUUAUUUAUAUGUGUAUUAGAUUAUCCAAAUCUAUCCAAUGCCAAUCAGAAUUUUUGAGUAAAUUAUUAUUGUUGUUGUUUUACUUUUUAUUACAGUUUGCGCAAUCUUAGCAAUUUAAUAUUUGAAAUUUUUUGUAGGACAUCAUCUUCAAGUACAGCUGUUUGGUGAAGCAGUUACAGUAGGACUGUAAUUGCACCUUAAGUCUUCAUUUGUCUAGACAGCUUUUAAAUGAAAAAUAUAUAUUUGUGUUCUACAAAUGCCUUAUUAGGCCCAUUAGAACUAGAUUUUUUUUCCCCAAUAAAAUAAAGUCACAAAUGUUUAUAUUUCAGAUCUGGAGUUUCUGAUUCUUGAGUAUUUAUCUUGAUCUUAUCGCUUAAGUUUCACUAAUUGUUAAUAGAUGGUAUUUACUGUUGACUGGAAGUUUAAAAUGACAUUAAAUGUAAUAGGAUUACAUUACAUCUGUCCAUGGGACACGAUACACACCAUCAGAUUAGUCACCCAAGUACUGACCAAGGCACAUAUACGAAAUGUACACAAUGUCUGAGGAUGAAGUCAACACAAGGUUUUAUCACAAGACUCCAGGUUUCUAUGGGUUUAUCAAGCUGUGUGAUAUAUUAGUCAGCUAAUACUGCAGUUAGGGCCAGUUAGGGAAGACCUAAUACGUGUGUGUGUGUGUGUGUGUGUGUGUGUGUGUGUGUGUGUGUGUGUGUGUGUGUGAUGUAAGCAUGAAGUGUGGUGUUUUGAAGUGUUUUAUAUUUUUUCAUUUUAUAUUUUUGUCUAUUCUCCACAAAUGCUCUCAACACAUUUAUAAACUUUUAUGCUAGUUUUGUAAAGAGUAAAGUUUACAUUUUUACAAAUUUGUUCCUUUCUUUCAAAAAAAAAAAAAGUGGAUCUUAAGGUGUGUGUGGCCUGUACACUCAAAUAAAUAUAAUACUACUUUGACAUCAUG